AUGAAUGCCGCAGCCACCGAGACGAUAGAACUGCGGAACUCCAUCAAGAGGCGUCUUAUGAACAUCCACGGAUUUUGGUUUCACGAUACGAGGCCAAUGACUGGCCGCGAUAAGCGAGAUGACGACGUCAUCAAUAGCCUGCACGCAGAAAACAAAGCCCCAAGCGGGCCAGAAGCAGCUCGGCAAAGGCUGACCCGGCUCAUGCUCGAAAGCAAUUGCUCGUGGGACAUCCUCGUAGCAAAGGGACCAAAAUCGUUAUGGGCCCGUGUUGGACGGGCAAGCAAUGGCUCACUGCCACGAAGCAUCGUCAGGGAUCUUGUUCUUGCCUUUGUCCGAGCCAGAGGCCGAUUCCUACGCCGUUUCCCACGCAAGGACCCCCACGAUGUUGACAACAUGCUGGCUGCAUAUGCGCAGCAUCUGCUGGAAAAGUUUCAAGAGCUUAAGCAAAAGGUCAUUCGUGGCUUGCACGUCCACUGGUAUCUCUCAGAAAAGGACAUCCAGGCUGUGGAAUCGAUCAAGCCGCAGGGGCCGGCCAGACAGCUCUCACGCAACAAAUUCGAGCUGUCGGAGUCAGCCAGAAACAUGCUUGUACCGGUCCGAUGUCUGAGUCCGAUUGGAAAGUUCAAGGGAAAUUUGAUGGGGAUGGCUGAGGAAGAAAUCCAGAACCUGUUGACCGUGCGGCGAGACGAGCAACUGUAG